AUGGGUCUUCAAUCUCGGCCUGCCCUUGCGCCGGCAGAUGAUGUGAUUGCCAACACCAACACCGUGGAGGACGGUUCAUGGGAAGAGUUGGCAAGAAAACACUGGCUUGACAGUCUGCCUACCAAGGUCAAGCCAGACUUGAUCAAGACUGCGCUCUGGGAUCCUCUGGAACAAGAAUCCUUCGGAUUGCGGUCACUAGCAACACUAGAGAAUCUACAAGUCCUUGAGAGAUUCCUGUGGCCUACCUUCUCCUCCGACUCGUCGAACCAUCAUGUCCUGCUCAUUGCAGUCUUCUUCAACGUCAAACAACGUGCGAACUUACAAGACUGGUCGUUACUGACAGAUCGUGCCGAAGACUUUUCACACCUCUUUCGUCGCAUACUAUCGCUGAAUCUCGACUCCUCCCUGUCCACCUUCUCCCAAGUCUCGGUCCUCCAUUUUGUCAUUGGAGCAUUUCAGUCACUUGAGAACGAACACGUUCGGAAGGAAUGUGCACCACUUGUCUCGAUCUCAACCUGGCAUAAUCUGCACGAUGAAGGCGCUCGAGAGAGACUUCUCGAUGCAAGUGCGAGCAGAAAGAAAGCCUGGAAAGGUGCACAGCGGCGGUUCGAGGCGGCCGAUCAAGACACUCAAAGUCGCUUGCGCUUCGACCGCGCUUGGCUGUACUCCAUGUUGAUAGCCUUCUUUGCGCGGUUGAACAAGGCGAAAGUGGAAAGCACCCAGGAAGUGGUAUAUUGCGAACGUUUUCUGGAGCUGCUGGUCGACCUCGUCAGUCAACUACCCACGAGACGAUAUACAAACCCUCUCCUGCUAGACCUCAACAUCUUGGCCGUCAUUCGAACAUCAAAGCUGUACGAAAGGGAGGAUGCGGCCCUCUUCCGCGAUCUCACGAGUCUCUUGGACCAUUUUCAGAGCUUCGCAAUUGAUGACACGGGAAGUUCAGAGGCAGGGCACGAAGGUGUUCGCAAGUCGCAUUAUGAGGCGUUGGCCGGUCUACAACGAGUCGCCCUGCAACAUUUCGAACCGAAGCUGAAGGUCUUGGCUCUGUCCAACUAUGGCUCAAUAGACAAACGCAGCGAGCUCAAGUCUCAUUUCUCAGCCCUAACGGACACCGAGCUAACAGAGCUAUGCCAACAUCUUGGGUUUCGAACCUCAUAUCCCGCAUCUGCCGGCAUCGCUGCUGGUCAGUCCGUCAUGCUUGAGACUCUUCUAUCGGCUUUUGCACGACCUCGAGAUUUCCAGGAAGUCGUGGCCAAGUUGUCUGUCUUUCCAACAGCUGACUCCUUGUACAAUCCCACUCUGCUCAGAAAUGAACAGUAUGACGGCUCGAGACCUCUUGGAAUUCCGAAAUUGAAUCUUCAGUAUCUGACCUUGAGCGACUUUAUGUGGCGAUCGUUCCAGCUGUACCAAGCUGAAGCAUUCUACGGCAUUAGAAAGGACAUGGAGAGCUUUGUCAAGCGAAUGAAGCCCAAGACAGCACGAGACCGAGGAAGUACAACUUUCGAAGGCUUCUCAAAAAUGGCUCUACCAAUCGAGUCGCCAGCCAUAAUCGAGGUCGGCGCUCCCAAAGUUGGUGAAAUCAAGCCCAGUUUUGUCCGAGCCGAAGUCAUCCUGGAUGUCAGUCGCCUUACGGACGGUAUCAGAAGAGAAUGGGACAGCCUGAGACCGCAUGAUGUGGUAUUCCUGCUUAUGGUGAAAGCAACGAAUGACUCGCGACUGUUGACCAACGGCCACUCAGAAGAGGAGGAAGAACAGAAAUUAUUCACAGAAUUCAGAGCCGCUGAAGUCAUUCAAGUCCUGGAUGAUAACGGCAGAGCUCUGAGAGACGUUCAGACGAAUGGCCAUGGCUCGAGACCUCGGAGACGGCGUCUAUUGCUGAACCUUGACGCUGCUGCAUAUUACGCGGACAAGAUGAAACCCGGCCGUGGUGGCAAAGACAUCACUGCGUCCCUUAAUGUCAUCGCACGAAGGCAAGGCCGAGAAAACAACUUCAAGCCGGUGCUCGAGACAAUCCAAAAGCUUGUAUCCUCGCAGACCUCGCUACCUGCGUGGCUCCAAGAGGUCUACAUGGGCUAUGGUGAUCCAAGAAGUGCCAGCUCUCUCCAGAACCGCAUUGAAUCGAUCGACUAUCUGGACACAUUCCUCGACUGGAGUCACCUCACAGACAGUUUCCCUUCUCAAGUCGUCGAGCCUGCCUCAGGACAGUCUAAGCACCUUGAACCCCCCUAUGUUCUUCAAGCCGCGAGUCAGACCACCGAUGCCCCACCCACAAACCCAAAGAAGCGACGACGAGAGCAAAUGGAGCAAGACUCGUCGAAUGUCGCCGUCUCCACCUACAAGCCUCGAAACACCGGGCCAUACCCGGUGGAUCUACCAAAGAAGAACACAGUUCGCUUCACGCCGAAACAAGUGCAAGCAAUCGUGUCUGGGACGCAACCUGGUCUCACAGUCGUUGUAGGGCCGCCUGGCACCGGUAAGACUGAUGUGGCUACCCAAACAAUCAACCUGCUAUACCAUAACUUUCCUGCGGAACGUAUCCUGCUGAUUGCGCACAGCAAUCAAGCGCUAAAUCAGCUUUUCCAGAAGAUCAUUGCUCUGGACAUUGACCCCCGUCACCUCCUCCGAUUGGGCCACGGAGAGGAAGAGUUGGAGACAGAAGCCUCAUUCGGUAAAUUAGGUCGUGUUGAAUCGUUCCUAGAAAACCGCCAGGCCUAUCUCACCGAAGUCAAUCGACUAGCAGCAUCCAUCGGUGCAGAGGGAGCCCAUGGCAGCUCCUGCGAGACAGCAGACUACUUCAAUCAAGUUUUCGUCCGGCCCGCAUGGGCACGCUUCUGGGAUGUUGCUGGUGCCGAAGGAGCAACUGCUGAAAGUGUUCUGGCCGCUUUCCAGUUCUACAAAUUCUUCGGAAACGCCCCAGUCCCGACUAUGUUCCCUGCUGACGCGACUCUUGAGGAAGUCCGCGAUGUUGCAUCUGGCUGUCAAUACCACAUCGACAAGAUCUUUUCGGAGCUGGAAUCCAUUCGUCCUUUCGAGCUUCUGCGAAGCAAUCGCGACCAAGCCAAUCAUCUGCUCGUCAAAGAGGCUCGAAUAAUCGCCAUGACAUCGACGCAUGCAGCCAUGAGACGAUCAGAAAUUGCGGAGGUGGGUUUCCAUUACGACACACUGAUCAUGGAAGAGGCGGCUCAAAUCACCGAAAUUGAGUCCUUUAUUCCGUGUGCGAUGCAGAAUCCUGACCUGAGGACUGGCGAACUCCCUCUCAAGCGUAUCAUGCUUGUUGGUGAUCAUCUACAGAACUCGCCCAUCAUCCAGAACAUGGCAUUGCGUCAGUACGCCAAUUUCGAGCAGUCGCUCUUCCUGCGGUUUGUCCGCCUCGGCGUGCCUACCAUCCAUCUGGACCAGCAGGGCCGAUGCCGUCCGUCAAUUGCCGAACUCUUCAAGUGGCGAUACAACAAUCUGGGCAAUCUGCCGCAUCUCUUAAGUCAGCCGGAGUUUGCUCGAGCCAAUGCCGGGUUUCGCUAUGAUUACCAGUUCAUCGAUGUACCGGAGUAUCAGGGUCAAGGAGAACGAGAGCCGACGCCUCACUUUAUCCAAAACCUGGGCGAGGCUGAAUAUACGGUCGCAUUGUAUCAGUACAUGCGGCUGUUGGGGUACCCAGCGCGGAGCAUUUCGAUCUUGGCCACCUACGCGGGUCAACGCGCUCUGAUCCGCGAUGUCCUCGAACACCGAUGUAAAAACCACAAACUGUUCGGCCUGCCGCGGAUCGUGACCACGGUCGACAAGUACCAGGGCGAGCAGAACGAUUACGUGAUUGUGUCCAUGACACGGACAAAGGCCGUGGGAUAUCUGCGCGACGUGCGACGCUUGACUGUUGGCCUUUCCCGGGCCAGGCUGGGACUAUACAUCCUUGGACGACGCGAGCUGUUCGAGUCGUGUUUCGAAAUGAAACCCGCCAUGGACUUGUUGUUGCAGAGACCGGACAAAUUGAUGAUUACUACGGGCGAGAUGUUUCCUGCGCAGCGCAGUGUGGACGAUGAUGUGCCGGCGACGGAGAUGGAGGGCGUGGAACAUCUGGGUCAAUAUGUGUAUGAGAUGACGCAGGCUAAAGUCAAGGCCAUGGGCGGACAGGUUGUCGUUGAGAAAGCGGCUCAAGAUCAGGAUGCUUAUGGAGGUGGCGAGGACGAAAAUGGCGUCGAGGUCGACGAGGAGGAUCCCUUGCACGAGGCUGUCGCUUAG